AUGAAUGAGCUGGAGAAUGAUGACGCUAACGGGAGUGCUCUGCCGUCCCCUGGAAAGACGGAUCAGGAGAAGGAUCAGCAAGUGAAGGUCGGGGACGGGGCGGGGCAGCAGGGGCCGCGCACGGCUCCCCUGGGCAGCGCGACGGGGCAGCAGGGCCGCGCGACGGGGCAGCAGGGGCCGCGCGCGGCUCCCCUGGGCGGCCCCACGGGGCUGCAGGGGCCGCGCGCGGUUCCCCUGGGCGGCGCGACGGGGCUGCAGGGGCCGCGCGCGGCUCCCCUGGGCGGCGCGACGGGGCUGCAGGGGUCGCGCGCGGCUCCCCUGGGCGGCGCGACGGGGCUGCAGGGGCCGCGCGCGGCUCCCCUGGGCGGCGCGACGGGGCUGCAGGGGCCGCACGCGGCUCCCCUGGGCGGCGCGACGGGGCUGCAGGGGCCGCGCCGCCCGUCCCGGCCCCUAGACGCCAGUGCGCCACCCGGCCCGGCCCCUAGACGCCCGCGCGCCGCCCGUCCCGGCCCCUAG